AUGAAUGAUGAAAAAUUUAUAUCUUUGGUGGAGGCAAACAAGGAGCUGUAUGACAAGGCUAAUCCCUAUUAUAAGUUCCAUGGAAGAAAAAAAAGUAUUUGGGAGCAAAUUGGCGAGGAGUUGCACACAAGUGGUGAGCUGUGUAUGCGGAGGUGGAUAGCUCUCCGUGACCGGUAUGGCAGAGAAGUCCGAAAAUCUGCAGCACCAUCAGGCAGUGGCGCGGAGUAUUAUAAACCGUGGUAUCUGCUUGAAUGUAUGCAAUUUUUAAAGCCCCACCUGAUUCCUCGUCCAACUCGCUGUUCCCAAAACGUGUGUCCGGAGGUGGCCGUGCCGACACCUGAGAUUGUGGAUUUCGUGCCCUCACCUUCUCCACCGAUAUAUGUGCCUCUGCCAUCGCCAUCGCCUUCAGCCACUGCGUGUUUGGACUCACCGUCGACACCAAUAAUGGUAUCUGUACCAUCCACAUCGCCACCAUCACUCAUGCAAGCUUCAUCUCCGUCAUCUUCGUCACCUGCUCCACCCCAGUGA